AUGGGGAAGUACAUGAGGAAGCGCAGCGUGGGGAGGACGCCGGCCGUGGAGCUCGGCGUGAGGACGCGUGCCCGCUCCGCGGCCGUCGCGAAUGCGGCUGCUGCUGGGGCCGCGGCGGAGGCACUGGCGCCGAAGAGGCCGAGGAAGCAGGCGACAGCGCGUGCGGAGGCCGAGGCCGAGGCGGCGGUCCGUGGGAACGGCGGCGGGGCAUCGCCAGGGUGCUGCUACCUGCAGUUGCGGAGCAGGAGGCUGUUCAUGUCCGCGGGGGACGUGCAGUGUCCGGUGCCGCCGUUGCCUGCGGUGGCGGUACAGCGGUCUGUACCUUCCGGGGAGCCGAUGGUGGAGGUCGCUGGGAUGUGCUCCAGCACGGCGUCUUCGGUGGACGUCGUCCUGGCAAUGGCGCCGGCUAGGGAGACGAGCGGUGGCGAAGCGGAGGAGGCACACGAGGACUGCGAGUGCGACGUCGAGAGCGUCGUCAGCGACUCGGCCGGGUGCGGCCGCGAGAGGAGGGAGACUACGCCGUCGAGCCGGCCACCGGUAGAUCUCAGCGACGAGGAGUGGAGUCAGGCCACGGACGACGACCCAAAGCGCCACCUUGGUCGGACGGCUUUGGCCACCACCGCGACAACGACCGCGGUGGCUUGCAGAAGAGCAAGAAUGCCACCGACAGGAGAGAUCGAGGAGUUCUUCGGGGCCGCGGAGAAGGCGCAGGCCGAACGCUUCGCAGCCAAGUACAACUUCGACGUCGAACGCGGGCUGCCGCUCGGCGCCGGCCGGUACGAAUGGACCCCGGUGGCCAGCGGUUGA